UGUCGUUCACGCUCAUGAGAUUCACGGCCCCUGCUGCGUGAAAAGAUGGGUGAUGUCAAAGACGCAGACGAUGAUCCGUCAAAGAUUGCAGACCAGAGCAAGGUCGUGGCGCUCUAUGACUUCGAACCUUCCAAGAUCGAUUGGCCUUUCAACCGGCAGAAGCCUUUGGCGCUGAGCACCGGCCAGGUGGUCGAGAUCGUUCAUGACGAUGGCUCGGAGUGGGCCCUGGGACAUCUGGCAGGAGUGCCAGAGACCUUGGGCUACUUCCCCAAGAACUACACCGUUUCAGUGGGCGAGUACCAGGAGAUGAUGCGCGACUUCGAGAAUCAGGAACAGCAAGAUGGAGAUGAGGAUGAGGCUGAUCAGGUGCAAGGGCCUCCCGAGACGCGCGCCAUCCCCGCUGGGCCUUUGCCUGCUCCUCUGGUGGAGCAACAGACGCAGGUCUACUAUGAUGAGGUGAAAGAGAAGGAAAAGGAGACAAAGAAGAAGGACGAGCCCAAAGAACUGCCCGAGCUCGUCUACCCGGGGAUCUCCGAAUAUCCUGCCAUUGAAGCUAGACCCCCGCAGCCCACGGCCUUUGAGGUGACCAAGAGCCGCAUGCUGCGGGAGAUGCCUCCGGUGCCACUGCCGGCACCUGAGGAGCCGGCGCCCCCCGAGGACGACAUCAUGGCGGCGCGCUGGGAAGUGGAGGCGGAACUGAAGGCGCAGGAGGAUAUCAUGGAUAUCAAAGGUGGCGUGAUCACCUACUCCCGCAGCUCCACCCCGGCCACCAUGGCGGCGUCCCGCCCGGAACGGGACUUCGUGCGGAAGAAGGCGCGCAGGAACGUCCAGCAGGAUCACUUGAGGCCCGUGAAUCAGCUCAUGGGGCUGGUGAACACCCAUGUCCGCACUGCUUGGGAGAUCAAACAGCAGCCCUACAAGACGGAUCUGCGGGCGCGAAGCACCACCCUUCGGGUGGCCGCUGGAAUUGAGCCCGCGCACAUGCGCUUUGCGCUGCAGAGGGCCAAUGAGACAGGAGCCAAGUGGAAACAGAUGUUCAGGCCGGGCUUCAACGAUACGGUGAACGAAGCCUUUCUAGUUGGUUGCAAUUCAUGCAUCCUGAGCCAUCUUUAUCUGAAGGAUAAAGAGGCCAAGGAGCAGUUUCAGAAGCUGCACGUCAAGGAUGUGAAUGGCGUUGUGUGGUUUGAGCUGCAGCGCAAAAAGGCCCAUCUCUUUUACAUGCGCAUGGACUAUACAGACGUGAUGAUGGCACACCCAGAUGCCUGGGGCUUCCCAGAUACCAGUCGCGUCGUGGCCGCCAACCCUGGAGAACCUGUGAAUCCCUUUCACGGUUGGUAUGCUCAGCAUUCCAUCGAUCCGGAGGCGGAGCUGGAAGAUGUGGAGCUGCUUGGCGCCACGGAUCUCCCGCGCAAGCGCGGACAGGCUGAAGAUAUUGGAACAACACCUAUGAAACAGUUUCGCUAUACCUUGCGGCUUCGCAGCUUUCCCGAGACCACCUUUCAAGCCUUAGCGCUGGGGAAGAUCCCAGAGUGGAUCAAGCCCUACCUUUCCUUGCACGCGGAGGCUGAGGCCCCGGACGACCUGACAGUGGAAGAGGACGAGGAGGCCAUGCCGACAGAGACGGGGAAGGCCAUUGAGCUGGAGAACAACCUGAUGAUGGAGGCGGGGCUCGAAGAUGGCGAUAAUCUCUACGUCAAGUUGGACGAGUUGAAAUUGGCGCGUGAACGAACCACCGGCCCCGACGUCUUAGACGCGGACCUGAGGGCUUACAGACGUUUGAUUGCAGUGGUCGGAGACCGGGAUUGCGGUGUAAAUGACAUAAUGACAUAA